AUGAAAACGAACGUGUGUGGAGAAUCGAGUGAUCUGAAACUAAGUGGGCUUCUGUCUGUAUUAUACACAGACGGAGGCGAGCAGACGAGUCUUGAGGGCUGCAGCGCGAAGGUGGCAGUAAUUGAUGGCCUUGGCAGCCAGGGGCUGCUGGAGGUUCUGGUCGUGGCGGACCCGAAGGACCUUGAGAAGCCGCGUUCCAAGUUCGAUCUUACUCAAGAUAGCGUGCGACUGUUGGUGCUGCCGCCCGAGGGCAUCGAUGCGUGCUUGGGCAAAGGUGGCGGUGUUCACGCCUUCCAGACCAAGACCGAGCUGCACGAACGGGCGACGCUACUUGAGGCAGGAACGGCUGACUACCACCAAGCGGUAGACUCUUUGGCGACCAGCGUUUGGCGGGGCUUGGUGGCGCCCAAGAAUUUGUUGGACGCGUUGGACCAGCCGGUAGCCGACCGAAUCUUCGAAGAUAUCAUGCCAAGGACUAUGGCGCCGGCGCAAGCCGUAGAAGGCAUUAAGUCACCCUUUAUAAAGGAGUGGCGGUCGGUCACUAGAGAGGACUACGACUUGUUCUGGAAGCUGCACUUCAACCCCCAACAAACCGACUCAAAAAUGCGCGAGGUAGAAUACGACGACUUGACUGCCUUGCACAAGAUUGUGAUGCAAGCAUCAAGUCACAAGGGAUCGUCGUGCUCCAAGUCCAGAGUGGUCUGCCAGAGAGUGCUCGAAUACGCCGCCGUGACCGUGGCAAUCGUGGCCUUCCAAUGGUGGAUGACCAAGCCCGGCGGCUACUGGGACACAGUAAAGAGUUCUGCUGGGGGCAACGGGAUCGUCCCAGUCAGUGGCAUCGCCGAGACCCCGGUGGCCGACGGUCUAUACCAAGCGCUGACGACAGAGGCCCCGGGCCUCUUGCAGAAGUUGACGGACAAUUUUACGACAGCGGCAGAGAGUAUGAUUAACAACAUGACGGCCACGCAUAGCGCUACAGAAACUCCGAACUCUGGGAUGACCAGUAACUUUACAGCGGCAAAGGCAGCGAGCCAAUUUGCGACGAAGGCUAUUACCGAGGCAGCGGAGACUGUGCGCAAGAAGUUGAGCACUGUGGGUGCGAGCACAGUGGGUGCGAGCACAGUGGGUGCGAGCACUGUGGAUGCGACGAGUGGCCCUGAUUGGUAUAUAGGAAAGUAUUUGAGCACCCGUGAUUUAUACAGGCCGGGUGUGUACGUGGAUCCUAGAACGGGGACUGACCUGUUGCAAUACCGCACGACCCCGAGCAAGUGCGAUGGGAUGGGUGGGAAGCCUAGGUGGACAGACAUUGUGGUCGACCGUGCAAUGUUAGAAAGGUUUGACAGCCUUCAGGGUGCCUGCAAUCCAUAUAAUGCGACCCUUGCGUGUGAAAACCUGGGAGUCCGCAACCGUCAAUGCUUUAGCUUCGUGUCCCCUGUGUUGCAAAAGAAUCCACUGGGUCUGAGACAGUUGUGGAACAUGUUGAACCGGAUGUUCCUGUUUCCAAACAACGAGCAAUGUCGUAUUCGUUGCGACAACGCGCUAGCGAUACGUCGCUUGCCCCUCAUCGUGAGAGACUACCACACAACCUUUCUUCCGGGCAUGAAGGACCCACGGUUUAAUUACGUACUUAACGACGUGAGCGAUCAGGAUUUCCAAGAAUUUGAACUAAGAAUGAAGCGAAUGUUCCCGGCUGAAGCAGUAACCGAGCAUAAGGAAAAACUUACCAAGAUGUGGUUCGGCGUACCUUGCGGAUCGGGAGUAUGGAGCUUGCCAUUUGAUGAGAGAAAAUGGGUCCACAAACCGUGGCAACCCGCUUGUAAGUGUCCGAAACUCAGAGUCACAUGCGAGACUCGUAGCGAGACAGGUGAGAGGCUCAGUGUCUCGGUCGACUCUCUAGACAUUCGGGACAAACCGAGACAGCUAGCCUAUCUUGAUGGUGUCCUUCCAAAUUCAAACAUAACAGGUACCGGAACGCCCUUGGAGAUAAAGCGCUGCUUUUAUCAAUGCCUCACUCAGCUCUUUUCUGACUGA